CUACCAAGUACUCAUUGUGACUUGCAUGCAGCACCCGACCGACGUUUUCAUUGACGUCCUCGAUGGGCCAGCUCGAGCACAUAUUCGCUUCGUCGAUGCCGGCGUCCUUACUCCAGGGCGAACAAAGCAGCCUCAUCCCGUGCCAUUCAGUAUCGUCUUGGAGCGCCUGUACUUUGGUUUCCUCCCGGCUUCUGAUCAAUGCAUAUCUGGAGAAAAUAUCGGUCGAAGCUAGGAGGGAGAGACGUUUGAAAUCAUUUGGCG